AUGCUGCGGCAACGCAUCGAAAUCAUCUUGACGGACGCUGCUUCUAAUGAGGUUGGGGCUUCCAACGUGAACCGCGGGCGCCGAGACCCUCGCAUCGAGGCGGACGACGCUGACAUCUUGCUGCCAGGUUUGAAGCUGGUCGCGCGUGACCACGCCCACGCUUUCCGCCGUGUGCUGAAGCGACCUUUCCAUUGCAGCAGUUACUUGGGCACCCUGACGGCGGAGCAUGUUUUGGGAAAGAAGUCGAUUGCGCAAGUGAUCGACAGGUCCUUUGUCUUCAGGCAAUGGUUUCAGGAGGAGGAGUCCUAUCCAGCAGAUGACCUGGCCAUCGUCGUGCGCCGGUAUCUGGCUUGGCAAGCAUCGUCCAGCGGCGUGGAGCAGAACUUUGCAAAGGGCGAGCGGAACAACGCCACUGGCCAUUCCCAAGCAUCCGCGUCGUACGAUGCAAGGGCCAUGAAAAUAUUGUUGGCGCCACUAAGCCCCCCGGAUUUCAAGGUCAUUGUCACGAACGCGGCGGAACUCUAUGCAACUUGCCGCUCCGGCGCAAGCCGCAAGCGGACGCAGGAGCGGAUUGACAAGUAUGUGAAGCGCGCCAAGCAGGAGGGGACAGAAGCAGCGUUUAUCAGAUCCAGGCGGGACAGUGUUGCAAACGCAACAUCCUCUUUGAACAUGGCCGACCUGGCCUUCGACAUGGACGAGCACCCGGCCACAAAUGACAAAGUGGCUGAGUACUGGACUGAGAGUUACGAGGUUGAGUACCAGUUCCAAAAGUCAAAGCAAACACAUUACAAGGUGGACGGCGUCCUGGACGGCCUCAUUGAUCAAAAUGCAGUGGGCCAAGAAACUAUGGAGACAGCAGCCAAAGCUGAGCGCGACGCGGACAAGGGGCAUAUCAGAGACAGGCUCUCCAAGGACGCUUUGCAGAUGCGGCUUAACGGCUCCAUGGAUUGGGAAAAGAUUCAAGGCAGCAAGGCUUGGCUGGACCCCGCCAUCUCUGUUGCAGACUUGCAAGUGGCAAUGAGCGCCCGAAAUUUGGUCAAAACCACGGAGCGAUCGGAGGCAGACAUUUUCAUUGUCAACGACGCUGGCAAUUUGCCGGAGAGGGUGAAAUUGAUGGCUGCCUUGCUUGGUCGGCAGAUCAUGGAUGUCUGCCUCCUGGAAGGCAAGAAAGGGAUCCUUCUGAAGUUUCAGCCUGCCUCGCAGACGCGGCGUCAGAAGGUCUUCUUUUCCACAAAGUUCCGUGAGAGCCACGCCCAAUUCCUGAAGCCGAUCAAGGACAUUGUGAACCGUCCCGGAAGUAAAUGGAAGCUCGCAGCCGUUCGGGCAGACGCAACCAUGAUCUUGGCAACCUCGGCUGAAGUUGGACGAGCUGCUGUUCUCAGUGGAAAUUCGCAGGGUGAACACAGCAAGGCGAGCUUUCUGGAAAACAUUUCCAGGCUUGACUUGCGCGCUUCGGGCUUUUACACGCCAUAG